AUGUUAUUUUUGUACCAGGCCGUCAAUCCCGUCCAGGCCACGGGUGUUCAGAGUUCCAUGGGGUACCUGAUGCUCUUCAACAUGAAUUACCUGCAGACGGCUGUCGGGGCACUCAACCUAGUGGAAGUGUCGCUGGCUGUGCUGAUAUUCAACUCUCUCUGUAUCAGCUCCGAGGCGAGUCACUCGGAGUUACUCUUCGUGGCCUCUUUCACUUACUCCGUCACGGGCUUUUAUUUCUUCCUCAACGGAGUGUUGAAUCGCUCCAGCCCAUCGGCGAGGCAACCUACGAUCACGUUGGUGUCUCAAUUGUUGCUCUACCAUUCAGUCGGCGGCCUGGUAUUUCUGCUUGGUGGCGCAUACACACUGGCACAGCACCUCAGCGUUCCUUUGGCCCUCGUCUCUGGGACCCUGGCUGUGAUCGACGCAGGAAUUCAUACCUCGCAUGCCGUCUACAUAUACAGGGGUGACUUUCGGUACUGGUUGGAACAAGUCUGA